AUGUCUGCCUUUCAAAGCCCUCCAACACCGUCUCCGUCUCCGACUCCCACGCUAUCCACCCUUUCCUCCUCGUGGAAGAAGCCGCAGCAAGAUGUGGUCAAGUACACGACACCAUCAUCAUCACUUCCACCAUCACCAUCACUACCACCAUCGCCACCACCACCAACCUCACCAUCAUCAUCAUCAAUCUUCUACAAUGUGCCCCAGACACCAACCGGAGGCCUCGUCACGCCACCCGAGAUCCCGGUGGUGAAGAGCCACGACGUCACAGGCAAAACAUCCACAUCGGUAAUCGACUGCCCCAUCUCCAAAGCCAGCUUCCUGCUCGCCCAGGUCUCCUUGGCAACCGGCCUUUUCGGGGGCUUACCAACUACCGAGGUCAGGUUUCGGGGCCCGGGUUCACUCGGAGCGGCAGCAUCGCGAACACGAACUCUCCGCUUCGGCACGGGCCUCGAUGGAUGCUUUACCAGCACCGGGGGCUUCCUGGGACGAAUGCGUGAAACGCAUAACGAAAAGCACGUCACCACCGUCAGUCGCGGCAACGCCUCGGCACGCCCGGGCCAACAACGCCUGCCACCAUCCCUGGAGGCAUGGGAGGUGGUUCAUGAGAAUUUGCCACGGUUGCUCCGAGCGGGACGGGUGCGCCAAGCCGUCGACGCCCUGGACGAGUGGCGCGCGUCAGAGGCGGGGGAGGGAGGUGGGAGAGACAGAUGGGACGACCUGGAACAGCGUCAUCUCGCCCGAGCGGCGCUGGUGCUGAGCGCGCUGGCCCACGCCUACAUGUUUGGUGAGGACCGAGGCAAACACAAGGGCAAAGGGGACAACGGCGGACGGCCUUCCCAGCCGUCAUUGCCGGUCCACCUCCUCGGCCCGUGGGAGAGGGUUUGCAAGAAGUUGGGGAGACCCCUGACAGGACGGGUGCCCGCCGAUGACGUUCUCAACAACGCCGUGGGCGAUGAUUCGUUCAGCCUGACCAGCGCCUACUUUGGCCUCCCCGAGGAGCGGCUGUCCUCGGGGCUCCAGGGCCGGAUGGAGGCCAUCUUUGCGCCCGCGCUCUCGGCCAUGGCGCUCGCGCAGAGCGGCGUGCUGGCCGACCAGCCCGGCCUGGUGGCGCGCUGCCUGGAGAGCGUGGCGGCGCGCAUCGUCGAGUGCGCCGACGUGUUCGAGGCCAUGACGCCGCGCGACACGGCGCACUUUGACCCCGUCGUCUGGAUCAAGUCGUAUCCCGCCAUGGGCCGGCCCGUGACCUCGGGCGAGCUGGGGAACAGCGGCGUCGACGCGCCGCUGUUCCACGCGCUGGACGCCUUCAUCAACCGCCAGCACGUCGAGGGCGACUUGAAGCGGAUGCAGGGCGACCGGCGGGCCACGCUGCCGGCCAACAUCCGCGCCUUCUUGGACGCCCUUGAUGACGAGGCCGCAAGCGUCAGAAAGUACGUCGCUGCUGCUGAUGUUGCUGUGCGUGCUCAGCGGCGGCGGCGGCAGCACUAUUACCAUCAUCAGUAUUUGCCCUCUGGAGAAGAAGUAGAAGAGAAAGAAGAAGAGAAAGAAGAAGAAGAAGAAGAAGAAGAAGAAGAGCAGUCUCAGUACCGGCAUCUCUCGGCGGCGUGGGACGGGCUAUUGCAAACGUACGUCUGGUUCCUCGAGCGCCACCGCGUCAAGGCCGUCGGCGUCACAGGCGUCAGCCUGAACACGGGGCGACACUCGACGAGCAGCGGCGUCGAGAGCGGUGACCAGGAUAAAGCCGCGGUGGCAGCAGCGGCGGCGGCAGCGGCAGCAGGUCCGCCAAAGAUGCGCCCCGAGACCAUGCUCAGCAUGCAGAUGAAGAAGGGCAUGGCGUCGCGGCUGGGCGGACGUCCGCUGUGGCAGGACGCGCGUGUGCAGUCGCAGACCGUGUACGAGGGCAGCGUGGUCGUAGCCGUGAGGCUGGAUGCCAACCUGCCGCUCAAGCCGGGCGAUCGAGUCCAAGUCUGGCCGCCAGCAAGAAAGAGGAAGAAGGCCAACAACUCAUCAUGGCAUCAUCACCAUCAUCGUCACUCUCGCUGCCCGCAAGGCUCCUCCUCACCGGAAUAUCAUGAUGACGAUGAUGACGCGUCGUCUUCAAACGAGAGUGACUACGAUGAUGAUGCUGAUGUCGAGCCGAGAUUCUACUCCAUCGCCCGAGCCAUACCUGAUGUGGCUGAUGAUCGGAUGACAGACUUGGGCGCAGGAGGAGGGGAAGGAGGAGGACGAGGACAAGGUAUGACCAUCACUCUCACAGUCGGUCAACACUCGCCUGAGGGACUUGUCUCCUCUUUUCUCAGCACCGCCGCUCCGGGAACACACCUGCGCCUUCGUCCCUGGCCUUCUCCGCGUUUCCGCCAGCCACGCAACCUGGCCGUGCCGCUGGUGUUGGUCGGUCAGGGCAGCGGCGUCGGCCCCUUUGUCGGCUUCCUUCACGACCGGGUCGCAUGGGCACAGCGGCGGCUGCGCCAUCGCGAUGAUGCCCAGCAGGACGACAUGGUCGAGAAGGAGGACGAAGACGAGGAGCUGGGCGAGGUGCUCCUCGUGGUCGCCGCCAAAACACGUCGCCAUGUCCCCUGUCCGCUCGACAGCCUUGAGCAACUGACCAGGGCCCUGCCGUUGACCAUCAUCUUGGCCCUUAGCGAAGAGGAACAUCACCUCAUGAUCCGCAGCGGCACCUGGACUCAGCUCCCCACGGGGGACCGGCACAUAACGCGGCAUCUGCUGGAGCAUCGGGACUUCGUCCAGAGGCUUGUCAAGGAAAAGGGCGGCCACGUCUUUGUCUGCGGCAGCUCCGACUUUGGGGCUACGGCGAUGAGCAGUCUUGGACUGGGCCAACCGCAGCAGCAACACCAAGAACAAGAGCCACAACAGCAACAGGCACAAUAUCCACAUGGCGUGUCCUACUCCUACAACGACAACCACACACAUAUGCCCUCAGCUCCCCCGCAUUGGAACCAACUGCACCAAGAUCUCUUCGUCACGGUGAAAAGACCGUCUUCCACCUCACCGACUUCUCCUCGUUUCUCCUCCUCCUCCUCCUCUUAUUCUUACUCUUCUUCAUCUUCUUCUUCUUCUUCUUCUUCCCAUGUCUAUGCCUCCCCCUCUUCACCCUCACUUGACCCCAGAAACACCAUCAUCACUCCCUCCAGCCUUGCAGCCCACAACUCCAUCAACUCGUGCUGGACCGCCAUUGGCGGGACCGUCUACGACAUGACGUCCUUUCUGGCCAUGCACCCGGGCGGACCCAAAACCAUCCUUGAGUCAGCAGGCACCAUCGCCGACGCGCGCUUUGCCGAAACGCACGGCGGGCCGCACGCCCAGGAGAUCAAGGGAUAUCUCCAGAGAUAUGCCAUUGGGCGUCUGUCCACAUCUGCCACUGGCCCGGUCACGCAGACGACCAGCGCAAAGCUCACCAGUGUCCUGGUGAGGAUGCAGAACGCUCUCACCAACAACAGCGCCUUUGACGCGAGCCGUGGGCCGCUGCCGCUGUACGUGUACGAGGAUGCCCUGCUCGUGUUCGCCGAUAGCCUAGAUGGUGUGGUGGGCAUUCUGUCAGACGCUGCCGUCGGCAAGCAGUCCUCGGAGCAGAGAGCGGCCGUUCUCAAGACGCAGGCGCUGUUGAGAAAGGCUUUCACGCUUCUGAAGACCGGCUGCAAGGGUUGCCUGUUCGCUGCCGGCUCAGAGAGCUCCUCUUCGACGCUGCUUGAAGAGAGCGAAGCUUUGGUCCAGAGGCUGUACAGGGAGCCUAUCAAGAAGGUGCACGCGGCUGUUGAUGCUUGUAAGAGAGGGUUAAGUGAGAUUGAGACCGAGACGGAGGCGGACAGCGAUGACAAGAUCUGUGAUGCCCAGAACGACGAAAACGACGAUGCACUAAAGCGUGUUUUGGAAAAGUUUUGCACCAAUCUAGCAAGCAUUGCUGAGGAUUUACUGUACUAA